UCUGAGUUCAGCAAGAGUGAUUGAGAUUGAGGAAGAGAGAAAAGAAAAAAUGAUGGAUCCAUUCCAAAGCCUAUUCCAAAACGUGAUGAAAAGCAAGUGGGAGGAAGUGAUCCAAUCAUACGAAGGGGAUGAAGGAUUGCACACCGCGAAGAUCACGAGCUCCUGCGACACGGCGCUGCACAUAGCCAUCUCCAACGGCGAGGUGUCCGUGGUCGAGCGCCUCGUUGCCAUCGUCUACCAAACCAAAGGCGCCCUCUCGUCUCAGAACGAGCUCGGGAACACGCCUCUUCACCUCGCUGCCUAUCUCGGCGACGCCAAGAUGUGCCACUGCAUCGCAAGCCGCGACACGAGGCUCAUGGGGAUCCGCAACCACGACAAGGAGACGCCUUUCUUCCUGGCCGUGCGCCACGGCAGGAAGGGCGCGUUUUAUGCAAUGCACUCGAUUUGUGUGGGAGAUGAAGGCUACACCUAUAGUAGGGGCAGAGAAGGAGAGACUAUUUUGCAUUCCGCCAUCUAUGGAGAGUAUUUUGAUUUGGCUUUUGAUAUAAUAACACACUACGACAAGCUUGUGAACGCCGUGAACGAGAACGGUGUGUCGCCGCUACAUAUUCUAGCAAACAAGCCAUCUGCAUUUAGAAGUGGAAGCCAAAUUAGAGGCAUUGAUAAACUCAUCUAUCAUUGCAUAUUUGUGGAUGAGCUUGAGCAUAAGAUGAUGCACAAUGAAGCAGUGAAUCUUCAAUAUAGGGAAGAUUCGAAUUAUCCAGAGAAUUAUCACACCUGCCUCAUUACCUACAAUUUACUCUGGGGUAUACUGCGUGUACUAUUGGGUCACAGCCGCCAGAAAUUUGCACACGAUGAAGAAAAUAUAAAACACCAUAAACAAGUGGUCCAAAUUCAUCAAGAAGAAGAGGAAGAGAUUCCAAAAGGCUUUCUAAGGUAUGUCUUGUGUGGAAGAAGGAGUGCAAAUGCAGAGCGCCACCAAUUUGAAGGGUAUAAUAAACAAGAGGAGACAACCAAACGCAAGGCCCAAGGACAUGAAUUCCUUCCCAAGAACUACAUCAAUUGUUUUAACUUUGUCAAGUUAAUAUCCAAAGCAAUGCUGGUAAUCCUUGGAUUAGGCUCAAAAUCAGUGGAUAAGAUUAAAGAAAAGAAGACAAAGCAUAUUUGGUCAAUGCAAAUCAUGGAGAAACUAUUAGAUGCUGCCUCUUCAUACCAAUAUGAAUACAAUGGAAAGCGCCCCAGCGUUCUACCCCAUGGAAAAAGCACCCAAAUCAUUCCUCCCACCCACCCCGAGGUCGAAGGCGACAUCGACCCGACUAAGCUUGAUUAUGAUGCUGAUAAUGAUGGUGGUGGUGGUGCUGGUGCUGGUGCUGGUGCGGAGGAGGAGGCCGCAGCUGAAAAUCCAAAGGCCACGAAGGGGGAGGAGAGAUUAGAAUGCGGAAAAUGCAAGGAAAUGGUGUGCUCGGUGUUGGGGUCGUUGGGAUUGUUGAAGAACAACGCGGCAUUGAAGGCGCUGUGCUCCAAGGGGAAGGGGAGCACGGCCCUCGACAUGGAGAAGAAGGAGACGCCGAUACUGAUCGCGGCCAGGAGUGGGGUGGUGGAGAUGGUGGAGGGGAUUUUGGAGCGGUUUCCUGUGGCCAUCCAUGACAUGAAUGUUGAAAAGAAGAAUGUGGUUUUGCUGUCUGUGGAGCAUCGCCAGCCUCAUGUGUACAAGUAUUUGCUUGAUAGGAAGAUGAUGAAGGAUACAAUUUUUAGGAAGACUGAUAAGAAUGAGAAUAGUGCAUUGCAUCUUGCUGCUAGGUUUGGUGAGUAUAAGCCCUGGCUCAUUCCCGGUGACGCUCUACAGAUGCAGUGGGAGAUCAAGUGGUACGAGUUUGUGAAGAAUUCGAUGCCGCUUCACUUCUUUCCAAGGUACAACAAAGAGUCGAAAACCCCAAAGGAAAUAUUCAACGAGACACACGAAGAGCUGGCAAAGCAGGGCGGGGCAUGGCUCAUCAGCACCUCCCAGUCAUGCUCGGUAGUGGCGGCUCUGAUUGCAACGGUGGCCUUUGCCACCUCGGCCACAGUCCCGGGGGGAGUGAAGGGCGACAACAGCGGGACCCCAACCUUGCAAAACCAGCCGGCGUUUAGCGUGUUCGCCAUAUCCUCGCUGGUGGCCCUGUGCUUCUCGGUGACCUCGGUGAUCAUGUUCCUGGCCAUUCUGACAUCCAGGUUCCAAGAGAAAGACUUCGGCGCUGACCUGCCUAGAAAGUUGCUGAUUGGGCUUACGUCGCUCUUCAUCUCGAUAGGUUCCAUGCUGAUAUCAUUCUGCGCAGGCCAUUUCUUCGUCCUCAAAAAUAAGCUGAAAUACGCAGCAUUCCCCUUGUAUGCCAUAACCUGCUUGCCGGUAACAUUCUUCGCCAUCAACCAGUUCCCUUUGUAUUUUGAUCUCAUUUGGGCUACCAUUCGGAAAAUACCCCAGCGAAGUUCUAAGUGAUAUAUACAACUCCAUUAGGCUCGUCUUUGUGAGUUAAUUGAAGAGAAUCAAAAAUGGAGUUUUAUAUUUCUAUUUUAAGAAAUGUUUUAUGUAGAGUGAAAAUUUGGAAAAGAAAAAUAUGUCACCUAGAAUAAGACAAAAGUGUUAUUUCCAAAGUCAUAUAUUUGGAAGUUAUACUGUAUGUGAUCAAGUAUAUACUGUGAGUUUUUAAUAGGAAAAUCCAAUGUGUAAUAGUCGUCACUCUUGAGUGACUUUGAUGAUGUAUUUUUUGAAUUGAUGUCAUGCGUUGUG